AUGGCCGGCGAAAUAGAAAAAGAACAAGUCCCCAGGUUUGGCUUUAGCGGAGAUGUCGUUGAACUCGUCCUUGACAUUGGAAUAUCCCUUGCGAGGGCAAAGGCUCGAAUUCUUGCUUCAUUAAUCCCCCAAAGGCUUGACCUGGCUCGCCGCUGUUACUGGUCAGACGUGGCUGGCAUCUUACUCAACGAGAUGUAUUUGCGGACCGGAGCCAUCCAGGACCUUGACAUGGCCAUCAGGUACGCCAGGUCGGCAAUGCCGGACCGCGUCCUCCCUCCGUCUCAGCGUGCAUCAAGUGCCACAACAUUCCCACAGAAUGGACAGUACCGCGACGAGAACGCGGAGAACCAAAAUAACCUCGCAUGCUAUCUCGGCCACAGAUACCUACGUCUCGGGGCCCGGGACGAUAUUGACGAGGCGAUAUCCCUUGCGCAUCAAGCCGUCAAGAACACGCCACAAGAUUCGGAGUUCCUGGCAGGACGGAUGAACAACUUGGCGACUUUACUAGGCGAUCGGUAUUCGGCAAUGGGUAAUGCGGAGGACUCGGAUCACGCAGUGCGGUGGGCAAGGGAAUCAGUCGAAGCGUCCUCGAGCAACGACGGCGACGCUCUGCCGGUGCGUCUGAACAACCUGUCAGCGCUACUUGGAGAGGAGAGACGCGGCAACUCGCAUCGAGUACUCUCACGGACCGAUGAGGCCAUAUCUUGCUUGGUGCGGGCGCUCGAGACGGCCCCAGAAUCAAACUGCCACACAGGAACCCUGCUUUACAAUCUCGCGCGUCUUCACCAGGUCAAAUUCCGGGAUUUCCACGAUGAGAAGAACCUUGAACGAGCGAGACAGUGCUUCUUUGCCGCAUUGACCCAGAAGUGGGCGUUCAUGAACACUCGCAUCUUGGCUGGCAGGGUGUUUCUCUCACUCCCCGGCAUCAUCCACGAGGCGGACCGCGCAAUGGUUGCAGUGCGGACCUGUGCUAGACUCGUAUCAGCGUCCAUGAAAUAUUCGCUGAAGACCAAGGACAAACAGCGUGUCCUGUCUCAGGCCCUCGGCAUCGGUUCAGAUUCGGCAGCCGUCGCUCUCCAUGUCGGCAUGGGCGCAUUCUAUGCCAUGGCAUUGCUCGAGACUGGGCGAGCAGUGCUGUCGAACUCACUCCUGAACCUCCGCAUCGAUAUCUCAAGUUUGAGUGAGUCGGACCCUCAGCUGACAAAGGACUUCAGUCGUACCAGAGGCCUGCUCGAUGGAUCAAGAGAUCCGCUGGGGUCUUCUAGAAUUCUGGAGAAUCUGCAAUAUCCAGUGGACUCGCAAUUGUCUCGACGAGCGUAUGAGAGGACCCUCAUCUCGUCAAUUGAGGAGCUACGCGGCCACCCCAUGUUCCAUAGGAUUCUAGGCCAUCCGACCGAGGCGGAAAUGCUGGAUGUGGCGAAACAUGGGCCGGUUGUUGCAGUCAAUGCCACCGCUCACCGCUGCGAUGCCUUGAUCAUUCAACCCGACGGGAUUUCGAGCUUGGAAUUGCCCAGCCUGACUCUACACUCCAUUCGCGCCCACAGGCGGGACACGCAAUCCGUCGAGACCCUCGGGUGGCUCUGGGAAACCAUAGUCUCGCCCGUGCUGGACCGUCUGGGCUACGAUGCACCACCCGCUGGCGGUCAAGCCCUGCCACACACCUGGUGGAUUCCCACCGGACCACUCGUAGGCUUCCCGCUCCACGCAGCAGGGUAUCAUUUGCGCCGAAACUCCGAGACGGCGAUGGAUAGAGUCAUCUCCUCGUACACCCUUUCCGUCAACGCACUUAUACGCAUCAGACAACAACGCCAACACCACGGAUCCGCCGUAGGGAAGCCAGAAAAAGCCAUCAUCGUUUCUGCGCCCAGCCCUCCGGGUCAUCAGUUCCUGCGCCACGCCAGAGACGAAACCGUAGCAGUCGGCCAGGCCUGCGAGUCGAUUGGUGUCUCUCAAGUCCAGUCCGCAUUUAAUCCGUUCGACACUCUCGACGCACUCAAAUCGUGCAGUAUCUUCCACUUCGCAGGCCAUGGAAGAACCGACAAGCAGGACCCUCUAGGCGGCUCGCUCAUCUUUGACGACGGCGAUGAGCUGUCCGUCGACCAGUUACUCGAGACCACGCUCAACUCGAACCCCCCGUUCCUAGCAUAUCUCUCAGCGUGCGGAACAGGGCGGAUCGAGAAUGAGGGGGCAACUGACGAAAUCCAUCUUGCUUCUGCUUUUCAGCUUUCUGGGUUUCGACACAUCAUUGCUACGCUUUGGGAGGUCGACGAUGAGUUGUGUGUCACUAUGGCGAAGCGGUUCUAUGAGGCUCUGGGGAGAGAGCCGCUGACGGAUGUAUCGGUUCGAGUUGCACUUCACGAAGCCGUCAAGGCGCUGAGAGAUCAAUGGGUUCAGGCAGAGGUGGACGCUGGCGGCGGGCAAAUCCGGGGUGAUCGGAAUCCUAUGCUGGUCCAGGAAUCAUCGCGGAGCAAGGCACUGUGGGUUCCCUAUGUCCAUUUUGGCGCCUAA